AUGUUACCACAAAAAUUAGGAAAAGUACCUCAAAAUUUGGUUCUACCAGCAAUUCCGACCUUCAUUACUGUUUCCACCGCAACCGCUGGUGCGAUUCUUGGCAUCAGGCACAUGAUAAAAUCAGAAGUUCAAAUCAAUAUCGAACUAGUUAAAUCAGAAGUUAAAAACAUUAUCGAACCAGUUAAAUUCAAGAUGGAACAGAUUUCUGAGAAAUUAGAUAAGCUUGAAGGAACCGUGAAUAAGCUUGAAGGAACUGUGAAUAAGCUUGAAGGAACUGUGAAUAAGCUUGAAGGAAUCGUGGAUGUACUUAAAGUCGACAUGAAUUUUAUGAAAGGAAUUUUAUUUGCAAAAACUGAUCAAACCGGACCAACCGAACGAACUGCAAAAAGUGGAUAA